AGCCAUCUGUGUUUUGUCUAAUGCUCAGAUCCUUAUUUUAGAUUCUAGAUUUAAUCAAAUUAAGCUACUCAAUCAUCGAUACCAGGUGGUGGGACACUGUGAUUUAACUACUCGCCUACAUGAUAUGUGUCAAAUAACAUCAAAUGAGGUUGCUGUUGUUGUGAAUGAGAAUGAUAAACACGAAGUACAGUUUGUCUCGGUAAAUGAUGGGCGCCUGGUUAUGGGCACAAAGUUAGAGUUUCAGCAUCCAUGUUUUGGUAUUGCUCGUAAUAAGAAAGACCUGUAUCUCACUUCUGGAACUGCACUUUACAAGUAUUCAAUUAGUGGAACCCGGUUGAAUAAGCUGUAUAAGGAUACAACAGCUGGGACCACAGUAUCAAAAUGUGCAGUGAGCCCUUCAGGUGACAGGAUAUUUGUCACUAACCCAAAUCAGAACACUGUCCUCACCCUGGCAAGAGAUGGCACAGUUCUUCACAUCUUCACACACCCAGACCUCCAAACACCAAGUGGAAUACAUGUUACUGCUAAGGGGCAGGUUUUGGUCUGUGGACGUGCAUCUUUCAAUGUCCUACAGCUGGAUGGCGAAGGCAAGAAGAAGCUGGCAACUACCUUGAAGACUGACGAUUGUUCCCCACUGGCAGUUUUCUACAAUGAGAGCACAGCCUCCAUCAUUGUGGGAUCAUAUCAUUUAAACCACAUUCUUGUGUUUAAAGUACAAUAGUUUUGUUUAAACAGUUUCAGUCCAACAGUUCUGGAACAUGUACGUUCAUCAUGAAUUCUUGGCAUUACAGUAAUCGUAUUCGACGUCACGUUUCAUCACAUAAUACACUUGAAUACGUGUGUUGCCAAGUAAUGUCAAAUGAUAGUUAUGGGUGUAAAAGUACUAUCAUCAAAAUAAAUUACUUGUAAUCAUGG